GAAUCUCUGGAGGAGAAUUCUGCUGAAGCUUGUGAAGGAGAAAAUUCGGCCGAAGCCUGCGAGGGCGAUGAGCUCGACGAAAACGACACCGAGCCGAUCGAGGGCUCCGACAUUCUGUCAACAAGCCAAGGCCCGGGUGCCCUGGUUCCUUCCCCGCUUCAGAGGUACCUCCUCAUCAUCAACCUGAAGGAUGGACAGAACCUGGUCAUCAGAGACAAGCGCUCUGGCACAAGUGAUCCAUAUGUUAAAUUCAAACUCGAUGGAAAACAAAUCUACAAAAGCAAAACGGUUCACAAAAACUUGAAUCCUCGAUGGAAUGAGUCUUUUUCUUAUCCGCUUMGAGACAGAGACCAGCUUGUAGAAGUUCGGGUCUACGAUAAAAAUCUCACCUCUGACGAAUUCAUGGGUUCAAGUACUAUAUCUUUGAGAAACCUCGAGUUGCAGAAAACCCAAGAGUUGGAGUUGCAUCUCACCGAUCCAAAAGGCAAAGAAUUCGGUUUGGGAGUCAUCAGAGUUGACGUCUGCCUCAUGUUUAGGGAUGCCACCAUCAAAAGAGGCCCUAGAUUUCGUCCCAAAAAGAAUAAGCAGAACCAAAACUAUUCCCCACGCCCAGUGGAAGCACCAAAGAACCAGACGAAGAACCAGAUGUGGACUGGUGUGCUUCAUAUCACUUUAGUAGAGGGACAGGACCUGCCGCAGUGUGGGCAGGGCGACAUUUAUGUCCGCUUUCGCCUCGGCGAUCAGAAGUACAAGAGCAAGAACCUUUGCAUUCAAGCGAAUCCCCAGUGGAGAGAGCAGUUUGAAUUCAAUCAGUUUGAAGACAUCCAGGAGCCUCUGCAGGUGGAGGUGUUCUCAAAGAGAGGGCGAAAAGCUGAAGAAUCGUGGGGGACGUGCGAAGUUGACGUGUCCAGGCUUCCUCUAAAUGAAAGGCAGCUGUACACACACGUGUUGGACCCAGGAAAAGGCAAACUGGUGUUCCUGGUCACCCAGAGACCCUGCUGGGGAGUUUCCAUCACAGACACUGACAAAGCUACAUUGGGAAUUCCAGACACGGUCAUCGAAAAAUUUAGUUUAAGAAACUCUCACAAGUGUUUACGAGAAGUUGGCUUCCUUCAGGUCAGCGUGCUGAAAGCAAAUGAUCUUCCAGCCACAGACAUCAAUGGAAAAAGCAAUCCCUUCUGUGUUAUCCAGCUUGGGAACUGCAAACUUCAAACUCACACAGUAAGCAAGACCAUCAAUCCUGAAUGGAACAAAACCUUUACGUUACCAGUUAAGGACAUUCACGAAGUGUUAGAGCUGACUGUCCUUGAUGAAAAUGGGGACAGAUCUCCAAACUUUUUGGGGAAAGUGGCCAUCCCCUUAUUGACGGUUCAGAAUAGCCAGCAGGUAUGUCUGUUUUUGAAGAAAGAAGACUUGGGAAGACCUUCUAAAGGAACCAUCACGCUGGUGUUGGAUGUUGUCUACAACCAAGUUAGAGCUGGCAUCAGAACCUUCCAACCAAAGGAGACAAAAUUAAUUGAGGAAAACCUGAAGUUCAACAAAAAGGUUCUCGCCAGGAAUAUAUAUCGGGUCCGAAAAAUCAGCACAGCAGUUUUGUACACGUUACAGUACAUUAAAAGCUGUUUUCAGUGGGAGAGCACGCAACGGAGUCUAAUAGCCUUUCUGAUCUUCCUGGUGUCGGUGUGGCACUGGGAGCUCUUCAUGCUGCCCCUCUUCCUGCUUCUGCUCAUCGGCUGGAACUACAUCCUGCUCCGCUCAGAAAAGUUCAGCUCCACCCAGGACCUGGUGAACAUGCCCAUGGGUGACGACGACGAGGAAGACGAAAAGGAGUCUGGAAAGAAGGGUUUGAUGGAUAAAAUACAUAUGGUGCAGGAAGUGGUUCUGGCAGUGCAGAAUGUGUUGGAAGAAAUCGCAAACAUCGGAGAGCGAAUCAAGAACAUAUUCAACUGGUCUGUGCCAUUCAUGUCCUGCUUGGCCUGCCUGGUACUGUUUGUAGCAGCAACAAUGUUAUAUUUCAUCCCGCUUCGAUACAUUGUGCUGGCAUGGGGCAUUAACAAAUUUACCAAGAAACUGCGCAACCCGUAUGCUAUUGACAGUAAUGAACUACUGGAUUUCCUCCAGAGGGUGCCGUCUGAUAUUCAAAAGGUGCAGUACAGUGCGCUGAGAGCGUCCACUGGCCCGAUCCAGCCGCGGAAAAGGAAGUGAGCUCUGCAGACAACGAAGGAUGAAAGGCUGGUCUUUUUUUUUAAUGUGGUACGUUGCAGUCCACCUGACAACGAUGCUCCAGCGCCAGUCGAACCCGUGACCCUGCAUACCCCACCACACCAUCCUAACUCUGCCCCCUGCUGCUGAGGGGGCAGCCAGCCGCUCUCUGCCUUGUGUGUUUGCCACCCCCCCUGACAGGGGCUGUGAACUGCAGCAGCUAGGAGGGCAGCACAUGGCGCUGUCAAUCACCAGCUUGGAGAAAAAGAAAAGAGAGCAUUGCAAAACUCAGCCCUCGUCUUUGGAUGUAAUUUAGAAAAAGAAUGAAAGGCACCGGGUUUGGCUUACCUUAGACCUCCACUGUUUACUUUUAUUCUUUUUACUUUGGUGUAACUGAAAAAAUUGCCUCAAGGUAAAGACAAUACGAGCUUAACUGGAAACUGCAAUGAUUCAAAAUUUUUGUCACUGUUAUUCUAAAAAGUACUUCAUAUWUUCAAGAAGAAAAAAAAGGAUUUUAUUACACAUUUACGAACAGAGUACUGAUAUUUACUGUAUUUUAUGAUACCAUUUUUAUAACUUAUUGCUGCCAGUUUGCUCAAUUCUGUCUCAUUUAACAMAUAUAUAUAUAUUUAUUUUCUAAAUUUUGUAUCAAUUCCAGCUGCCUGUUCUUAUUUUUAUCUACUUUAGAUCAAAACUAUGCAAAAAAUCACAUUUAUCAAAUGGAGAGUUUGCAAGAAUCCACAAUAAAGAAUCUUGAUCAAAUUAA